GCUCCUCAAAAUCCACCCAUCAUCUCACCUCAACUCCAGGCUAAACAAUUCACCCUUCUCUUAUUUCCAGCACAGAGCCCUGCAUCUUUCUGCCUCGACGCCAUUUUUGCUCCGAAAUUCUCAACAGUAUCCAUACAUUCAUCGACAAUCAUGGCCCACAAGCGCAAGCGUUCCGUCUCUGAGCUCUGCUCGUCACCCUCGUCUGUGUCCUCAUUCGACUCGCCGCCCCGGGCAACCAACGGCCUCACCAACCCCUUUGCCGUGAUGGCAGCAACUCCGAUUCACCUUCACAGCCGCACAAUGAAGCGGUUCCGCAAUAGCAGACCUUCCGAGAAUGAAGUUCACCAACGUACCCUCAACAUGCUGUUCUCGGCACAGAGCCAAAAACAUGCAAUGCCUGCACCAGAUCAACUUCAGCCUCAGAAUGAGACCAGCCGCCCUGAAUCAACUCAACAAUCACUGCAUCGAUUCUGGAACAUCUCUUCCGUCCCUUCUACCUCAACAUCUCACACAAUCCAACCCGAGUCUACACCAUCCGACUGCGAAGAUUGCGGUGCCUGCCUCGGCGGCAACAGUGGAGAUGAGAUGGAUGUUGAUGGACUCGAAACCGAGGAUCACACCUGUGGUGCUUGUGGCAAGCAUGUUUGCUUCGGUUGCUCUGUCAGCAACCUAGGCGAGCAACGUCGAUGUUUACAAUGUGCUGGUCGCAAAGGCUCACCCAGCAGCAACAGGUGGAACGGGACUGGUUCCAUAUUUUGA